UAGCACUUCAGUCUUAGGUGAGAUACUUAGUGAAGCGUUUGUAUAAGCGCAACAUUGAGCUUCAAACGAUUUUUUAUUUCCUUUGCGUGAGGCUUACUCGCAAAUCGCCUGCCGCGCUUUAUUACUGCUAAACUUAGUUCAUUAGCCGUGUGAUGACUUGAGUGCAGAUACAUUUAUUAUACACAAUUUUAACGUGAAAAUAAAAUAACAAAAACAGUAAAAAUUGCAACAAAUCGCAUAUCGCUAACUCAGCUUGAAAAAAAUAAAACGUGCUUGAAAGUGUAUCUCUUAAGUUAGUCAGUAUGUCUAAUGCACGAAAAUUACUUUCAUAUAUUUUAAGAUCCCUGAAGAGUCUUUGGGUUAAGAUCUUAAUAAUAUUUAAAUAUCGAACCUCAUUGAAAUACCGUACUACAAGACAAAGUUCUGAUAAAGAUAAUACUAAUAAAACUUCGAAAUCGGAUUAUCAUAUUGUGCGCGCAAUUCCGGAAACCAAAGGUCUACCAGUGGUUGGUACACUUUUUGAGCUAAUGUCAGCAGGUGGAGCUGCCAAAUUACACGAAUAUAUUGACAAACGGCAUGCAGAACAUGGUCCCAUCUUUCGAGAACGUCUAGGCGGCAAACAGGAUGCUGUAUUUGUCUCAUCAGCAAGUCUAAUGAGAAAUGUUUUUCUUCAUGAGGGACAAUAUCCACAGCAUCCAAUACCAGACGCUUGGAAACUUUAUAAUGAAAAAUACAAAUGUGAACGUGGACUAUUUUUUAUGGAUGGUGAAGAAUGGCUACACAACCGACGUAUUAUGAAUAAAUUUCUAAUCAAUGGUAAUUUAAAUUGGAUGGACGCAUAUAUUGAAACUUCUACAGAGAAAGUGAUCAAUAAAUGGAAAAAGCAAUGCUUAGCUCUACAACCAGAAAGUGAAAAUUUUAUAAAAAUAUAUGAUCUAGAGUUGCAACUUUAUCAUUGGGCUGUUGAUGUUGUAUGUACUAUUAUGUUUGGACCCAAUUAUGAUAACAAUGAUGAAAUACUUACUGGUCUUUGUGACUUCUCUAGAGUAGUGAAUAAAAUAUUUAAAAGUAGCUCUAACCUAAUGAACUUUCCACCAAAGUUGGCAAAAUUAUUGAACUUAGAAAUAUGGACCGAGUUUGAGGAACAUGUCACCGAUGUUCUAUUUAGAAGUUCACAAAUAAUUGACUUGUUUAUAGAGCAGAUAAAUGAGGAAAAUGAAAAGGAAGAAGUACCAGAUACAGCACCUAUUUUUUUUAAACUUAAAAGUGCCGGCAUGAGUCAUGAAAUGAUCAAGCGUAUAUUUGUGGAUUUAGUUAUAGCAGCUGGAGACACUACUGCUUAUACAACCGAGUGGGCUUUAUAUUUGCUAUCACAGAACAGUUUGCUACAACAAAAAAUUUAUAAGGACAUACAACAAAAUGCAGCAGAAGCUCAGCUUGUUAAUGGGUUACUUAAGGAAACACUUCGUCUUUAUCCAGUAGCACCAUUUAUAGGUCGUUACCUAGCAGAUGAUGCCACACUUGAAGAUUAUUCUAUUGAAAAAAAUACCCUAGUUUUACUUUCACUGUACACGGCUGGUAGAGAUGCUAAACACUUUCCUCAACCCUUCACUGUUAUGCCGGAACGUUGGAAGCGUAAUGAAAAAACUGGUGAACUUAAAAAUGUUCUACAGGCCCAUGGUACACUACCCUUUGCUAUCGGUAGUCGUUCUUGUAUUGGCAGGAAGAUAGCAACAAAUCAAAUAAAAUCUUUUUUAACUGCAAUCUGCAAUAAUUUCCAACUAAAAUGUCUCAACGAGAAACCUAUUGAACGCAUCUUACGCUUGGUUACCGUGCCCAAUGAGCAAUUGAGAUUAUCUAUAAAAUUAAGACAAGCAUCGUAGAUUUUGUUAAAUUCACAUUCAUAUAUGUGGACACAUAUACUUUAUUUUUGAUAUAUUUAUAAAAAAUUUUAUGAUUUUUAUAUAAAAAAAUUAUCAACUUUAAAAUUUUAUGAAAAUAUAGCUAGCACU